GGACCAACGAUGUUCGCGCUGACCUCGGUGCUGCUGCUGCUCUUGCGGCCGCUGCUGCCGCUGCUGCUGCUGUUGCUCGCUUCGGCAGCAGGUGAAGCACGCGCCCAAGAGGCCUCUCCGCCGGUGCACGUGAGCCUGCGCUCGGGCUGGCCCGCGAGCCCGUUUGUCGUCGAGCUGCUCGAGGCCGCGCACCAGGAGGCCCCGUCGUCGUUCUUUGACAUCGUUGCCAUCGUUGCCGGGCCCUGGUUCUUCAAUGACACCGACGACGGCACGCACGACCUUGCGAGCGCCACGCCGCAACAGGUGUUCAAGGGCGCCAAGCGUGCAUUCGACCGCUAUGGCGUCCUCCCGGGCGAGGCCACGCGCCGACGGUGGGAGGCCGCCCUCGCGCUCCGGGCCCAGUCGUCCAAGGUGGCCGCCUUUACGCACCUCUACCGCACCAGUGGCCUCGAGCAGCGGUGGGAGGAGGCCAUGGCUGCGCGUGACAGCAGCGACGAGUGCCGCAGCUGGGUCGACUGGGACGGCAAGGUGCUCUGCUCGCGCGACGAGCUGCAGCGCCAUCUCGACGAGACUGGCUCGACGGCUGUCACUAAGUCGCCGUACCCGGGGCCCGUCGCCUUUGACCACGUGCUCGCCCACCCGCUUGACGAGACCGACGGCGAGCAGGAGCAAGAAGCAGCCACCGCCGUCCUCUACGGCGAUCCAGCGUCGUCGAACUUCUUUGGGCUGCACGCGGCCCUGUCCGAGUACGCCCUCGGUGCACGUGCCGAGGUGCCCUUUCGCUACAUUCUGCGCUGGCGGCCGCCGCCCCAGUCGUCGACGGGUGGCGCGGCCACGAAGGAGGAGGAGGAGGAGCGCGACUACCUCGCGGGCUUCGGCGCCUCGCUCGACGUCAAGAAGGUCGACUACCUCGUCAUCGACGACCGCGCCGUGGCUGCGUCUGGCAGCGAAGACGGCGGCGGCGACAGUAACGAUGGCGACGGAAGUACAGCCACAAGACGCGGCGCGGCGACGGAGCGCGAGGCGGCCCGUGCGCAGCUCGACGAUCGCCGCUGGCUCGACGCGCAGCUGGGGGGCCCGCCGUCGGACGAGGCCGAGGAGGAGGAAGGAGGCGACGCGGGUCUGCGCGCCGCAUACAUCGUGGCCAAGAGCAGCGAGCCGCUGCGUGCGCUCCGCCAGCUCAGCCACGACUUCCCGCUCCAUGCCGGCGCACUGGCCCGGUCCAGCGCGGCGAGGCCCUCGCGCCGCUUCCUCGACGAGAUGCUCGGCCUCCACCAGAUGUACCUCCAGCAGGCCACGACCGACGUCUGGCUCAACGGCCGCUCCCUCUCGGCCACGAGCGACGAGGCCGGUGCGGCGAGUGCGCUGACGCUCCUACCCCUCGUGCGCGACGAGCGCCGCCUCCUCGACUCGCUAAUCGCACUCAACCUCUCGGCCGAGGCCGCCGUGUCGCUGCUGACCUAUGCGCCGCUCCAGCAGCAGCAGCAACAGCCGCAGUCGCAGCAGCAGGUGCAUGAUGCCUACUUUGAUGCCAGCGACCGGCCCGAGGGCGGUGCCGUCGUAUCGUGGUGGAAUGAUGUCGAGGCCGACGAGGCCUAUGUGCGCUUCCAGCCCGAGCUGCGUGGCCUGCUCCGGCCCCUGUACCCGGGCUCCUUCCCCACCGUGCGCCGCAACCUGUUCAACGUCGUCCUGCUCAUGGACCUGCGCCGCGCCGAGACGUGCCGGUUUCUGGCCGAGAGCGUCUCGCUGGCCACGAAGCGCCUUGCUCUUCACUGGGGCUUUGUGCCCACGGGCCUCGUCGAGCCUGGCGACGAGUCGAGCCAGCUCGCACGCCUCUACUGGCUCGCCAUGGAGCGCGGCGGCAGCACCCUCGCCGCCGAGUACCUCGCUCGGCUGGCCAAUGCGAUGCAGACCCACGUCACCGUCGCGCAGGCACGCGCGCAACUGCAGGCCGUGCUGCUUGCUGCUGCCCAUGUUGAUGGCAGCGACGAGGAAGAAGAAGCAGCAGCAGUCGAACAGGCCAUCGAAGCGGCGCUCGCUCCUGCCAGUGAAUGGACCGAGAGAGAAGCAAAGGCACGGCGCUACGCCAAGCGGCUCGGCGCCGUCGUCGCAGACAAAGACCACCGCGGCGAUGUGUUUGUCAAUGGCCGCCACGUGCCGUUCACCGCCGCCCUGAUCCAGCAUGUCCACCAGCUCAUUGCCGCGCAGGUCCAGGCACUCGCCCCGCUCGUCUACUACGGCACCCUCACCGACGAGGCCGACGUGAGCACGCACUUCUACGACCUCAACACCACCUUUGCCGCGCGCUCGCCCCUCGCCUUUCCCCCACCACAAGCGUCCAACAUCUCGGCCGACGCCGUCGAUCUCACCCAGGUCGCCGCCCAGCUCGACGACAGCACGCUGCUUCGCCGCUUCUUCUUGCCCAGGCAGGCGACGACGGCGACGACGGCGACAACGACGCCCAUUGACACGACGCUCUGGCUCGUGGGCGACCUCGAUAGCGACGAGGGCACGUCCCUGCUCCGCGAGACGAUCAAGGCGCAGCAGGCGUUGCCCCAGGCCUUCCGGCUCGGCCUCGUCCACGCUGCCCCGUCGCAGUCUUCUCUGGGGACCGUGUCGCGGGCCAUCUACGACCAGCUGCAGCGCGAUGACGGUGCAGCAAGCGAGGCCCUGCUCGAGGUGCUGAACAGCUCGGUGAGCAGAGGCGACGACAACAAGAACGAAGAGCCAGCGCGGCGCUUCUGGCGGGGACAGGCGCGCUUGGCCCGCCUCUUUGGCGUGGCAAAGUCCAAGUCGCCCUUUGCAAUCGUCAUCAACGGCCGCAUCGUCGCCGGCUUUGACGCUGCCAAGGUCGAGAGCAUCGACGUCGAGUCGCUCGUCGCCGUCGAGCGCCAGCGCAGGAUCGCGCCCCUCGUCGAGGGCCUCCAGACGCCGGCGAUUGCGCAGCACGACGCCGCGCUCGCCGAGCUCGCGCGCGAUGCCGACGCCAUCACCACCCUCACUUCCAUCAUCGCCCGCGCCGGUUUUGUCGAUGCCGCGUCCGAGGGCCUCUUUGCGCGCGCAUCCACGGCGCGCUCGACGGCCAUCGACGACGUGCCCACCACCAACGGCCUCACCUCGUUUGAGCUGGGUGCCGACCGUGCCCACGCCCGGCUCCGGCUCACCCUCAUGGUCGACCCGCUGUCCAAGGAGGCCCAGCGCUGGGCCGACCUCGUCGAGCACGUGCUCCAGCUCGACGACGCCAUCUGGGUCCGCGUCCUCCUCAACCCAGCCGGCGCCUCGAGAGCGGGUGCGGCGACGGACGAGGCAGAAGCAGCGGAGGCGGCGACGACGCUGCGACGCUUCUACCGCGCCAGCAGCCCCGCCAGGCUGGCCUUUGACGGCGACGGCCAGCUGCGGCGGCCCCGCGCCUCGUUCUACGGCAUGCCCGCCGACGCGGUGCUGACCAUGGCCAUCGAGGCGCCCCCGGCCUGGGUCACCAUGGCCUCGGUCGCCGUGCACGACCUCGACAACAUCCGGCUCAGCGACGUCGCACGGGCCAGCGCAGGAACACGCGCCGUCGUCGCCGCCACGUUCGACGUCAAGCACGUCCUCAUCGAGGGCCACGCGCGCGACACGGCCGCCCGCUCCGUGCCACGAGGCCUCGAGCUCGUCCUCGAGACGCUCGACGGCAGCCUCGUCGACGACACCAUCGUCAUGGCCAACCUGGCCUACCUCCAGCUGCGCGCACCCUCGCCGGGCCUCUACACGCUCCGCAUCCGCGGCGCCGGCUCCAAGAGUGCCGAGCUGUACGAGAUGGAGAGCGUGGGCAGUGCCGGCUGGAACAGUCCCCCGGUCGGCGGCGGCGGCGGCGGCGGCGGUGAGAGCAGCAGCAGCGAUGACGUUGUCACCGUCGACUCGCCCGCGGGGCUCACCAUCUACCCGCGCGUCAGGAAGCGCAAGGGCAGGGAGCACGACCGGCUCGUGUUUGACAGCGAGGGCGAGGGCGAGGAAGCUCAUGCGAUGGGCGCUGGAAGAAGCCCUGCUGCUGCGCAGGGUCUUGUCCCCUUUGCGUGGUCGCUCGUCGCGGACGCGGCCAGGCGCAUACAGACAUCCUUUUCAGCAGCCACAGCGACAGCCACUUCGAGAAGAAAGGCAGAGACGAUCAACGUCUUCACCGUCGCCUCGGGCCACCUCUACGAGCGCAUGGCGUCGCUCAUGAUUCUCUCGGUGCUGCGCCACACGCAGACGCCCUGCAAGUUCUGGUUCAUCGAGAACUUCCUCUCGCCCUCGUUCAAGGACUUUGUGCCCCACCUCGCCCGCGAGUACGGCUUCGAGUACGAGAUGGUGACGUACGCCUGGCCCCACUGGCUGCGCGCCCAGUCCGAGAAGCAGCGCCAGAUCUGGGGCUACAAGGUCCUCUUUCUCGACGUCCUCUUUCCCCUCGACGUCUCGCGCAUCAUCUUUGUCGACGCCGACCAGAUUGUGCGCGCCGACCUGCUCGAGCUCGUGCAGCUCGACAUGGGCGGCAAGCCCUACGGAUUCCCACCCAUGGGCAACGACAGUUACGACAUGGACAACUACCGCUUCUGGGAGACGGGCUACUGGAAAAAGUUCCUGCGCGGCCUGCCGUACCCCAUCUCGGCCCUCUACGUCGUCGACCUGGACCGGUUCCGGCUCCUCGCGGCGGGCGACCGGCUGCGGGGCCACUACCAGGCCCUGUCGGCCGACAAGGGCAGCCUGAGCAACCUGGACCAGGACCUCGUCGCGAGCCUGAUCCACCAGGUGCCCAUCUACGGCCUCGCGCGCGAGUGGCUCUGGUGCGAGACGUGGUGCAGCUGGGACUGGCAGGCCCAGGCAAAGAGCAUCGACCUGUGCAGCAACCCAAAGACCAAGGAGCCCAAGCUCGACCGCGCCCGCCGCCAGAUUCCCGAGUGGACCGCGUACGACGACGAGGUCGCGCGCUUUGCCGAGCGUGUGCGUGCCCAGCAGGCCACGCAGAAAACAACGCAGGGAACAGUGCAACACGACGAGCUGUGACGUGGGCCUCACUCUUUUGUCAAAACUAUAGCGCAUGAUGCGAUGAACAAUAUCCAUUAGACAGUUUCUGCUCGCUCGCUUGCUUCUAUAGCAUGGAUGCACAGCAUUCUACGAGUCCUUUUCGGCAAUCUGAAACUCGACGACAAAGUAGACGGUGCCUGUCUUCUUGUUGCGGCCUGGUAUGAGAUGGUCAGCAUGCGAUGCGCGAGUCAGCACAAUGACCACCCACAGUAGUAGCGCACCGGCUGGCCGUCCCAGUACCUCGUCACUGUAGAGGCCUCAGUCAGCAUGCACACAAGGAGGAGAAAGAGAGAAAGACAGACGCACAGUC